AGUCAGUCACAGGCUCACAGCGCAGGAGCCUCACGCUCGUCUUCCUUUUUUGCGUGAACCUCCUCCUCUGUCUCCUCUCCUCCCUGCGAUUUCUUUUUUUCCUAUCUCUCUCUCUCGAUCUCUGAAGUCUCAACUGAAAGCAGCCGCCGCCGCCGCCGCCGACCUUAAUUUCCGAUUCCUUCCACCCGCCGCCUCAAGAAACCGCAAUGCAGCCCGACGCCGCCGCCACCGCCCACCCCAGCUUGAGCUUCUACUCCGCCGCCACGGGCCUCUACAGCAGCCUCCACCCUCCCCUACCCCUCCCCUCCGACCCCUCUCUCUCCCUCGUCCCCCACCUCUUCUCCCAUCUCCCCCUCCACCACCAUUCCCUCCUCGUCGAUGCCCCCACCGCCGCCACCCUCUCCUGCGCCGACUUCCGCCGCCUCGUCUCCUCCCUCGCCGCCGGCCUCCGCCGCCGCCUCCACAUCGCCAGGGGAUCCCUCGUCCUGCUCCUCCUCCCCAACUCUCUCACCUUCCCCGUUGCCUUCCUCGCCGUCCUCGCCACCGGCGCCGUCGCCACCACCAUGAACCCCUCCAGCGCCCCCGCCGAGAUCGCCGCGCGCCUGCGGGACACCGCCCCCUCCCUCGUGCUCGCCUCCACCCACAACGCCGCUAAGCUUCCGCCUCUCGCCGCCCCGCUCGUCCUCGUGCCCGACACCUUCCAGCAGCAACAUGAUGAUGAUCAGUUCGACUUCUUCUUCCACGCGCUGCUCGAGACCGACCCCGAAACGCCGGUGGAGAUGGGGGUGGGGGUGGGGCAGGACGACGCCGCCGCCGUCCUCUACUCGUCGGGGACGAGCGGGCGGAGCAAGGGCGUGGUGGUGACGCACCGCAACCUGAUCGCAAUGGUGGAGCUGUUCGUGCGGUUCGAGGCGUCGCAGUACACGCGGCCUGCUCGUGACAAUGUCUACCUGGCGGCAUUGCCCAUGUUCCACGUCUACGGCCUCUCCCUCUUCGCCGUGGGCCUCCUCUCGCUCGGCUGCACGGUUGUCGUGAUGAGGAGGUUCAACGUCGACGACGCCGUCAAGGCCAUCCGCAAGUACAAGGUGACGCACCUGCCGCUCGUGCCGCCCAUCAUGUCGGCACUGCUCAGGGCCAACCCGCCCUUGGAAUUGGAUUCCUUGCUGCAGGUCUCCAGCGGCGCUGCUCCCCUCAACCACACCCUCAUUCACCACUUCCUUCACGCCUUCCCCCACGUUGAUUUCAUUCAGGGGUAUGGCAUGACUGAAUCUACUGCCGUAGGAACUCGCGGCUUCAAUACAUGCAAGCACAAGAAGUAUGCCUCAGUAGGUCUUUUAGCCCCCAACAUGCAUGCUAAAAUUGUUCAUCUGGAAAGUGGUUCUUGUCUGCCUCCAGGCUCUUAUGGGGAGUUAUGGCUCCAUGGCCCGGCUAUAAUGAAAGGUUACUUGAAUGAUGAUGAUGAUGCUUUCACUAGAAAGGAUGGCUGGUUGAGGACUGGUGAUAUUGCUUACUUUGAUUCAGAUGGGUAUUUGUUCAUAGUGGGUCGCUUGAAAGACACAAUCAAGUACAAAGGAUUUCAGAUAGCUCCAGCUGACUUGGAAGCUGUUCUGAUCCGGCACCCUGAAAUUAUUGAUGUUGCUGUGACAUCUGAUGAAGAUGAAGAAGCUGGAGAGAUACCUGUAGCUUUUGUGGUGAGAAAAUCUGGAAGCACUCUUUCUUGUACGCAUGUCAUGGAGUAUGUGGCCAAGCAGGUGGCGUCGUAUAAGAGAGUGAGGAAGGUAAUAUUCGUGGAGGCGAUACCUAAGUCAGCUGCUGGCAAGGUUCUGAGGAGGCUUCUCAAGGACUCUCUUGUUGAUGCUUCCAGUGGCAGAUCCAGGCUAUGAUCAGAGAAGAAGCAACAUUUACGCAUUCAAUCAAAGAUUCAUUUUGGCCGUCAAGUUAGGCCAGGCCUCCUCCCGUUUGUUAAAACGAAAAAGCAAAAGGUCCGGGCAGGCCUUCGUUCCAAAGAUUUUUUUUAUUUAGAAAAACAAAGAAACAAACGAGGUCAGUCCAGGCUGGCUUGUCCAGCAGCAUGCCUGUUAAUUUCCCUGUAGAAGAGUAGAUCCUGACCAGAAGUGGUCAAUUUUUAUGUAUUGUUACUUGUAGUCGCUCAUGGGUAGGAAUAUGCUUAAGAGCAUAUGCUCUUGGAAUACUGGUGGGAUUGAUGAAGGUGUCAAUGAUAUAAUACUAUGGUUGCAAACAUAUAUAUGUAAUACUAUUAACUUGGGCCUUGUUAUCGAUCA